AUGCUGUCAUGUAUUCCCCUCUUGCUUUUGAGCAUUACCACAAGUUUUGCCUGCUCUACCAACUCUGAACCAGAACAAUGUCCAAGAAGUGACGGGCAGGUAAGCUAUGCAGAUGCUGUGCAGAAGCUCGUGCGUUCGAUCCAGCGAUACAAAGAAGCCUACGAUUUAUUCAAGGUGACGUGCAAUGCAUUUGAAAUGAGCAUCUUUGCAGCACAAGCGAAGCCGCAGUGCCACACAGUUCAAUCUUCAGUGCGUGUCAGGGAAGUCUGGUGUACCAUUCAGACUGCUCAAAUCGAUAUCCUUAUCCAGCAAAUAGCAAAAGGUGGCGCUUUUUGGACUUCAUUUGAUUAUGUGGCCGAUUACUAUGUUGUAAUCAUUCCCAGGGCAGUUCUCAAUGUCAAGCUGGAGGAGACGUUUCUGGCCAGUAGCACAGCUUCAGCAUUCCUUCUAAAGCUUACUGAACUGAGAAUUCAAAAUAUCACCUCCACCAUAGAUGAAAUCCAACUUUCUAGCCUCGGAAUACAAUUAAAUCCCUGGAGUUCAUGGGCUCUUGCAAGAACUGGAGUGUUUCUACAGAGGGCAAUUGUUCAGCGCGGAGUACAGCAAUGCCAAUGGUCGUAG